AUCACAGAGCUAAAACCUAAAAACUUUCCAAAAGUUGUGGCAAGUUGUGUUUUGAUUGUAGGCAGGCUGCAGGUUACCGAAUAUCUACUUUUACAAAAGGGAAUUUGAUAUAACCUGCUAGGUGCUAUAUUAUCAACAUAUUGAAUAAAAUUGGGUAUUAAUAACAAUGCCAGCUUAUCAUUCAACUUUAGAAUACACUCAGUCAAUAGGCAAUUUGGCUCUAUUGCCUAUUCGUACUACUUUCAGAGGCCCAGCGCCUACAAGCCCGAAGAUUGAAUUAGACAUUAUUGAUGAGGCUUUAAAUUACUUUAAAGCUAAUGUUUUCUUCAGGUUCUAUGAAAUUAAGUCUGAUGCUGAUAGAGUACUUAUUUACUUAACGUUGUACAUUUCGGAAUGUUUAAAAAGGCUGCAAAAAUGCUCAAACAAGAACCAAGGACAGCAAGAGAUGUACAUGUUAGCAAUAUCAAAGUUUGACAUUCCGGGUGAGCCAGGAUUCCCUUUGAAUUCUGUCUAUGCCAAACCGAGUCCCCAAGAAGCAGAUUUGAUGAGGCAAUACUUACAACAGCUAAGACAUGAAACGGGUAAUAGAGUUUGUGAAAAGGUAUUUGCCACAGAAGAUGGCAAGCCCAGCAAGUGGUGGCUGUGUUUCGCUAAAAGGAAAUUUAUGGACAAGUCUCUGUCAGGCCCUGGCCAGUAAAUAAAUCACUCUUCUGUAUUUAUAGCAUUUAUUUUACAUAAUAUAUUAUUGAUAACAUUGGUUUUAAAACACCAAUUAUAAUUAUCUCAGGUAAUUCAUAUAAAAGAUAUAAAAUGUUGUGUUUAUCUGUAGUGUUAUUUUUAAAUAUAUGCACAUUUCAAACUA